AAUGGCGCUGCGGUACAUUUAAAAAACUAUUGUAUAGUGCGUGUUUAGCGCCGCCCUAUGAUCGAGUAUCUGAAUCUUAUAACUAUCUGCAGCUGUAUUCAGUGAGUUGAAAAUUACUCGUAAACACGUUACACGUGAUUGUGCGAUUAUUUUCAUGUAUUGUUGUUGAUAAAUAGCUUUCAAAAAUGGCAAGUAAAACAAAAAUUGUUAAUUUGACUAGAAUGUCCAAAAUGUUUCAACCACUAACAACGAACGAAUCGUUCGAUAGCGGAGAAAAAACAGAAGUUACAUCUAAAAGUCAUAAGUUAAUGAUUAAUUAUGGAAUCAUUAAACCAGUUAGCAUAGGCAUGUAUGCUAUAUUACCCUUAGGAAUGCGAAUUUUAAAUAAAUUAAUCGAUAUCGUUGACAAAGAAAUGGCAAAUAUUGGUGCAGAAAAAAUACUACUUCCAGCGUUAACUCCUACUAAGCUGUGGAAGAAAACUGAUAGAUAUGAAUCCAACAAAACUGAACUGUUUACAGUUACAGAUAGACAUAAGAAAGAGUACAUAUUAAGUCCAACACAUGAAGAAGCAAUUUGUGAUUUGAUAUCGUCAGCAGGACAAACUGUCCACAUUCCUACUAAAUUAUUACCCUUUAAGUUAUACCAAAUUUCUAGUAAAUGGCGAGACGAAAUGAAACCACGGCUUGGUUUGCUACGUAGCCGAGAAUUUAUCAUGAAGGACUUAUACACGUUUGAUACUAGCUUGGACAAUGCACAACAAACAUAUGAUUUAGUCUGCGAGUCUUAUAAUAAUAUUUUUAGGCAGAUUGGUAUAAAGUAUACAAAAAGCAUAGGUGAUAUGGGAACAAUUGGAGGUCUAAUAUCACAUGAAUAUCAUUACAUUUCCGAUAUCGGUGAAGAUACGAUACUUCAGUGUCCAUCAUGCCAAUUUUCUAUUAAUCAAAGUAUUUCCGAGACGAAGAAUUGUCCAAAAUGUAAAAAUGAACUGCAGUCAUAUACAGUUGCUGAAGUAGGACAUACAUUUUUAUUAGACACAAAGUAUUCAAAGCCAUUAAAAGCGUUGUUUAUAGAGCAGAAUAAACCGACACCUAUGGUAAUGGGCUGUUUCGGUCUAGGAUUAACUCGUAUCAUUAUGUUAGCUGUCGAAAUCUUGUCAACAAAUAACGAAAUAAGAUGGCCUAUAAAGUUAGCACCAUAUACAGUAUGCAUCAUACCACCAAAGACUGGAAGCAAAGAAGAAAGUACGACUGUCUAUGUUGAACAGCUAUUUGAAAUAUUUUAUAAACGCAAUAUCGAUGCAAUAUUGGACGAUCGCACGAAUUACACAAUUGGUAAACGGCUAGUGUUCGCACGUGCAUUGGGUUAUCCUUAUAUAAUCGUCAUUGGCAAAGCGGCUACACAAUCGAUUCCUUUAUUUGAAAUUCAUGAUGUGAAUAAUUCAACUUAUCGUGAAUUAUCAUUAGAUCAGAUGAGUAACUAUUUCGAUAAUAUAAGUUUUAAAGAUUAAAGAUA